GUCACAUACAGACUUACCCUGGACAACUCAACUGUCAACACUGGGUUCAACUACUUAAUAUACUCUGUGACGGCACAAUCUACACCAUUCGAGUUGCCAAAGUGUGAUUCAUCGGCAGUUAAGGCUCAUGGUAUUCUUGGCCUUGGAUUCAACCGCGAGGCCACAGGCUACCUCACACAAUACAGUGAGAAUAACAAGGUGCCCAGCGUGUUUUCGCUCAACUUGUGCCAUGGCAACCCGCGUCUGUGGCUGGGUGGCGUCGACACUACAAUCCUCUCGACAGAGAUGGCCACCACACCGAUCAUGGACACGACCUACAGCUUCCAGGUGACCAACAUCUAUGUGAGCGAGCGUCACAUCUACCAGGUGGCCGAAUUCCUGUGGAAGACGCGCAUUGACAGUCGCACCCCUGUCAUGCAUCUGCCCUCGUCCAUCUUCCAUCAGACCAUCCAGUUCCUCGCCAGCUUCAAGCAGUUCAACAGCUACCUAUCGGCGCGUUUCUUCACCGAGAAGCAGUGCAUCCUUAACCCAAUGUACGCGCUGUCCGUCGACGAGAUCAACGCGCUGCUGCCCACGUUCAAGAUCGAGUUCUCAUCGGAUCGCGGCACAUCAUUGAUCGAGCUGAAUGCCAUCCCAGGCUACCUGAUCUUGGACGGCAAGCAGUUGUGCCCAGGCAUCGUCGAGGCAUUCGAUAACAACAUGAUCCUUGGACUGCCACUGCUCCGCCAGUACAUGGUGAUGUUUGAUCAGGACAAUGGUCGUGUGGGCUUUGGCAAGGUCAACCCCGACGCAUGUGAGGUCGCCCUGUGGCGCACUGGCAACUGGUCCAACUGCACAUCGUCGCCCGACAGCCACUGUCUCGUGCAGACCAGGAAUGUUACUUGCAUGGACUUCAGGAACAACACCAAGCCUGAGAGCACAUGCAUGGCCCUGCGUCCAGCAUCGUCAAGAUUGUGUGACGCCGUAUCCGCCGCAGCUGCAGCCGCCGAAGCCUCUCAGGAGGGUUCGGGUUCGAGUUCGGUCGUGUCAUCCAGCGCGGAGAAACCACCCGCAGCCGCAUCGGAACAAAGCGCAGGGUCCACAGAUCCCACGCCCGCGCCAAAGAAAGGUGGCCACAAGACUGGCAACGAGACUUGCAAGAUUGUUAGCCCCAAGUGGGUGAUCUCGAAGGAGGGCUGGACUGGAUGUAGCCAGAUAUGUGGCGCUGGAAUACAGACCAGAACCGUCUUCUGUGUGGACAUGUUUGGCGCUGUCGUCAAUGAGUCGAGCUGCCUGACUACGCAGCCAGACACGCGCAAGAUCUGUACAAACAACCCAUGCAAGCAUGAGUAUCACUGGGACUUCACCGAUUGGUAUGGAUGCUCGGCGGCGUGUGGCGAGGGCACUCAACAGCGUAUGUUGUCCUGCGUCGACUCGCUUGACUGGCGCAUCGUCGACAACUUGAUGUGCACUGCCGCGCCCCAGCCCCAGACCAUGCGUCCAUGCCAAGGACAGCCAUACUGCUCCAAGUACAAGUGGGACUGGCAGCCAUGCGACCCAUUGUGUCGCAUGCAGCAGGAUGCGAGCAGCGAGCAGAAACCAAAGCCCCAGGAGUUUGCCAUCACGUCGCAGGCCGACGAGACAUCGCAGGAGUCGGGCAGCUCGAACUCGACGUCGUCAGACUACCAACAGCCGGUGUUGGCCUAUGUCCUGUGCUACAAUGUCACCUCGGGCCUCACCGUGGACAGCUCCUACUGCAGUGCCAUUCCCAACUUCAACCUGCCCAAGGCAUGCGACUGCACCAACAUCCACAAGACAAUCAAACAUCACGACUCGAGCCCCGCGCCAUCCACACGUCUGUUCGCUGGCCGUGUCCACCGUCUGCUGCCGCUGCAACUGAUCCUCUGCCUCUGCUCCCUGAUACUAUUACUACUCACUCCUCACUCAUUAUCA